GCAUUUUUUUGGAACAUACACAAAUAGAAAAAUCUGUCAAUUUAUAAUAAACCUAAAAUUACGUCGGUAGUUUCGCCAUAAUUUUCUAAAAUACAUUUUUGUACCAAAUUUAAGUGAUUUCAGCUCCUUCGUUGACAUCAAAGCCAAGAUUUCUUCUAUUCCAAUAGGCUUAUGAUCAGGUACGGAAAUAUACCAAUAGACAUGGACUUGGCCCGAGAAACUAAGAUCCUUGACGUAGAACGUUUGAUUUUCGGAAUGGCCAUGAUAUUUCCCUUCUUGAUUAUACAAUGCCGGGAACUUCUUUGCCUCUUCCAUGGUGUCUACCGGAUAUUACGCCUGAAAUUUCUAGGUGGUUGGAAGCUGAAACCUCGAAGGUCAAUAGAGGAACCACACCAGCUUGCUGAUGGCACAUUUGAAUUCAAGCUAUGGCGGCUUUGGAAGUCGGUUUGCUACCAAAGUCAACGGAAUUAUCCAAAUGAUCAGAAUGAGGAUGAUUCGUGAAGAGGUCCUGAAGGAUUUACAUUGUGUCGUUAAUUUUUUAAAGUUCUUUGUAACAUGUUACAGUACCUUGUCUAGCGUAUCAGAUAUUAUAUAGGUCUAGCGUGAU